CGAGCCAAGUGUGUUAUUAGGGUUAAAACCCCUAGACAAAGUUCAUCCCGCCAUCAUCACUCCUCCAAGAAACGCGCAGGAAGUACAAGUUUGGGAUUGAAUACGAGAUUCGUGUUAUCUGGUGAUCGGAUUAGAGGAAAGAAGUUUUCUUUUCUGAAAAUCGCAGAAUACGAGCUUUAAUGGGUCUGUCAUGGAAAUCAAAUGCUGCUUUCGUGAUGAAGGUUCCAAUUCCAUGGCGAAACAAAAGCCAAAGCAGUUGGCUGCCAGGCCUCCGAGUAAAACUGCCUCCCGGAGCAGCGGGUUGGGUAUUUCCAAGCUAAAUUUUGAAGCAGAUCUCUGUGGAGAAGACAGUUGGGUCAUGGUUAGAAAGCAGAGAGUUAUCAUCUGGUUGCCUUCUCUUUCCGUACCUGAGAAUCGCAUCCUGCAAAAGCCCGCAUCUACACAGUCUAAAGCUGAACUUGGAAACAUAACAGACACACCUCAAAUGUCUACUAUCAACAUGGUGGUUGAGACACAACAGCAGUCUCAUCCUGAGACCUGCCAUGAUGUUUCUUCAGCAGACAAAUCUGAGAAACUUAACGGUCUUGAUCCUACGAGUUCUUCUCAACCAAUCAACGGAGCUCCAAGUCAUCCACAACAAGAGCACAGGACACAAUCAGCGAGCCCACAUAGAGUUGGUACCCUGAAUCUGCACAAGAUUCACCGGUUAUCCGCACGCGGAUUCAAACCAGUUACGUGGCCGAGAGCGAUGUGUCUGUCCAGCCUUCACGAGGGCAACGACAACGCGUUGCUAAAGCAGAGGCUGAGAGCGAAAACCCUGGAGAGGAAGAUCGAGAAAGUGGGUGGGUUGGAUGAAUGGCUUGCCUCGAUAGGGCUGGGGGAAAAGCUUGAGAGGAUCUUCAGGGGAAAGAGACUUACCAAGUUUCAGGUGGCGAAUUUGACAAUGGAGAAGCUUAAGCAAAUGGGUGCAUCAGCAGUUGGGCCGAGAAGGAAGCUGAUACAUGCUAUACGCUGCGUGUAUCACCCAUAUUGCCUCAAUCCUUCUUGGAAAUGCUACACUUGAAGUGCUUUCAGACCAGUUUUUGUUCCUUUUUCUAAAUGUAGAACAUAGAUUUUGGUUUGGAAUGUAAAUUUGUGAUGCAAACAGGUUUCGGAUUAGUUUUUGUUUCAUGCUUUGUUGAACACUUGUUUUUUUUUUUGUUAACACAGGCGAAAGAUGAAUUGCACUA